CGCGGCUGCGGUAUCGGAGGAGACUCUAGGGUUUUCGAUCAAGAUGUAUCAUCUUCUUCCUAACUUCCCAUGAAUCAAUCAAUUACAGAUUCAUCCUAAUAAAGAUGUUCUUCAAUCCAUCAUCCACGAUCUAUCUUAACUUCGGCCGUUCGCUCUUGAAAAGCGGUGGAACUUCAAGUAAAAAGAUGGAUUUAACUUCUUCUUAUGAUCAGAACAAUGCUUGGCGAUGCGAUUCAAGGAGAAAAAGCUUCAGAACCUUCUCUUGCUGGAAAGAGAGGAAAAAAAAUUGAAAAACCAAGCUCUUCUCUUCCACGAAAACCAAGGUAUGUUUUCAGGUUCGGGAGCAUUUUGGAGUAAAGUGAUGAUUUAGGUGCCCUUAUGGAGCUUAAAGGAGAGUUUUCCCGAGAUAACUAUGAAGAUCAGACAAGAAGGUCAAUAUCCAGAGAUACAUAUCGAUCGAUACACAUCCUGUGUAAUCGAUCGACAACGCUUCCGUAGAAGAUGACGAAUCGAGAUCCUCCAUCGAUCGAUGUACCAUCGAUCGAUAUCGAGCGUGAAGAAUAAGUUUGACUCAGCCGACUUGAAUCCCAAGUUCUCUCAAUAUUACAAGAUUGCCCCUGACAAGUUUUAACCUAAUUGAACUCAUAUUUAUAGUUAUGCCUAUGUGUUUUGGCAGGGUAUGCUUUUGAUUCUUAGUGUGAUUUUUAAUACUCUUAGUGCUUUCAUUAAUAAAAGUAUUCUUUUAAUCUUAUUCUCAU